AAUAAAGAAGUUUCAUAAAAUGAUUUAUGGUCGACCAUUUACGUUGCUGACAGACCACAAACCUCUCCUCUCUAUUUUUGGGGCAAAGUCCGGCAUUCCAGUACAUACUGCCAAUCGUUUACAGCGUUGGACAAUUAUGUUGUUAGCUUAUGACUUUAAGAUUCGCUAUAAAUCAACAAUGACUUUUGGUCACGCUGACGUCCUCUCCAGAUUAAUUGCGACUCAAAAGUUUGAGAACGAAGAUGUUAUUAUUGCUACGGUGUCACUGGAAGAUGAUAUUCAUCACAUACUGCAAACUUCUAUUCAGGCUACACCUUUGUCAGCAAUGGACGUAAAAUCUACAACUAGGACGGAUGAAGAGCUUCAGACAAUUAUUCGCUAUCUUUUGUGUGGUUGGCCCCCACACCUCAACGCAACAGAACGACAAUAUUUUCAUCGACGAGACGCCCUUGCUGUUGUUGAUGAUUGUCUUAUGUUUGGUGACCGUGUAGUUAUUCCCAAAUCUUUGCGCCACAAAGUCCUGUCACAAUUACAUUCUGCACAUCCAGGUGUCGCCCGAAUGAAAGCAUUGGCCCGCAGUUACGUAUACUGGCCAAACAUUGAUACUGAUGUUACGAAUUAUGUAUUGAGAUGUUCAAAAUGUGCGCAAGCUGCGAAAGCCCCUAGAAAAACCGAACUUUGCUGCUGGAAACCAGCGACACAUCCAUGGUCGAGAGUUCAUGUAGACUUCGCUGGUCCCCUAAAGGGCAACCACUACUUAAUUAUCAUCGAAGCUUUUUCUUAGUGGCCGGAAGUACAUUGUAUGAGGUCUACAUCAACCAUGGCUACACUAGACAAACUGCGUCAAAUAUUCAGCUGUUUCGGAGUCCCAGAAGUACUUGUCUCCGAUAAUGGCCCACAAUUCAUGUCUGCAGAAUUCCAGAAGUUUUGUGCUUUUAACAGCAUUAAGCAUAUCAGAACCCCUCCGUAUCACCCACAAUCAAAUGGGCAAGUCGAGAGAUUCGUCGACACUUUUAAGAGAGCGUUACUCAAAGCCUAGGGGGAAGGAAGAUUAGAAGAGAUAUUGUAUAAGUUCCUGUUUGCUUAUCGUUCAACACCGAAUCGUGAGACGGUUGGUGAAGUGUCCCCUGCGGAAGCUAUGCUUAGAAGAAAAAUCAGAACGCCAUUAGAUAGUUUGAAGCCAAAUUUUGCAAUGACUAUCGAACGUAAUUCCAGAAUGGAAAUACAAUACAACAAGAAGCAUGGAGCGAAGCCCAGAAGAUUCUUACCCGGACAAAAGGUUUGGGUACGUGAUUUUCAUCGUAAAACAAUUGAGUGGGUUCCUGGAAUUAUCCUAAGGAACAGAGGAAAAGUUAUCUAUGAGGUCGGAGUAAGCAAUAUGAAAUGGCUAAGACAUGCCAACCACAUCCGACCGUCCAGAUGCGAUGACGGGAAUGAAGUUAAGCUGAGUACUCCGAUGACGUUAAACGUGUUACUUGAUUUGACUGACAGAAGCAAUCAGAAAACGAAAGCAGUGGAGACAAGAGCAGCAUCAUUUCUAAGGAAAUCACAAAGAAUUCGACGGAAACCAAACAGGAUCAAAGUGAACCCCUAUGAUAAAUCUUACCGAUGAUAUUUAUUUUUCUUUUCAAAAAAAGGGGGAGGUGUUAUGGCGGAUACUGAAAGAAGAUUGACUAUCUUCUAGAACUGUUUUUUCUGC